ACGCUAUCUUACAAGGAAGGUGCUGCCACCUGUCCCAGAGGCUACGAAACACUUCGGAACGAUCCAGUAGAGAGUCGACAACGAGAAAAUCCGGACGUUCUGUUCGUCGCCGCCAUAUAUUUGCGUUAUAACUUUGAGGCGAAACUUGAACAUAUUUGUAUUUAACUUCACAACCGUAUUGUGAUGCUUCCAGAUGGCUCCCCGAAAAUCUUGGAACUCUGCUGCCAUGAUGACAGCCAUCAUUGCUGUGAGAAACAAAGAUAUGGGGUAUAAAGCGGCUGCCAAAUUAUUCAACGUUCCUAGGGCUACCCUGAAGGACUACGUGAAGUCUCCUCAUACACCAGAAGAAUGUGUAAGUACAAAAUUUGGAAGAAACCCUGUUUUUUCUUCAGAGCAUGAGAAUAGUCUCGUGGAAUACUGUCUGGACAUGGACCACCAUUACUAUGGUCUUACUAUCUCAGAUUUGAGACGAAUGGCCUACCAGUUGGCUGUUAAGAACAACCUUCCAAAUCCCUUUUCAAGGGAAACAAAGGCUGCUGGUAAAAAGUGGGUCCGACUAUUUUUUAAGCGUCAUCCUGAACUUACUCUGAGGAGGCCACAGAACCUCUCAAUAGCUAGAACCAAAGGGUUCACUAAAGAUAACGUUCACAAGUUCUUUUCACUUCUGAAGGUCGAACUUGAAAGAAUUAACUUUGAUCCAUCGAAAAUCUUCAAUGUGGACGAAACUGGGAUCAGUGUGGUACAGCACAAGGCAUUCAGAGUGGUUACCAGUAAGGGACAAAAACAAGUGCACAGACUGUCAUCAGUAGAGCGUGGGGCAACAAUUACAGUCAUAACCUGUAUGUCAGCUGCCGGCCACUACAUCCCCCCUCUUCUAAUAUUUCCGCAGAAAAGGUGGCAGGUUGAACUGCUCGAUGGUGCCCCUCCAGGCUCGAUUGGUGGAACCUCAGAAUCAGGUUGGGUUACUGGACCUUUGUUCCUGAUGUGGUUUGAGCAUUUCAUAUCCAUAGUUAAGCCUACAAAAGAGGCGCCUGUAGUGCUCAUACUGGAUGGGCACUAUUCCCACACCAGGAAUGUUGAGGUCAUUGACCGGGCAAGGGAAGUCGGGGUGUCAAUUGUUUGCCUCCCACCCCACUCAACAGACAAAAUGCAGCCGUUGGAUGUGGCGUUCAUGUUCCCACUGAAAACUCUGUACGCAAAGGCCAUUGAACAAUGGUUGGCUAAUAACCCCAACAGAAUUGUGAGGAAACUCCAAGUUUCCUCUUUGUUUUGUGAAGCCUAUCUUCGAGCUGCUACACUCGAAACUGCGGCUAAUGGGUUCCGAGCUACUGGAAUUCAUCCAUUUAACCCUGAUGUCUUUCAAGAGCAUCAUUUUGCUGCUAAAGUAAUGGAGGUUGUGGAGGAAUCAGUCAAUGAUGAAACUGCAAUUGGGAUUAAAACCUACUGGUCCACCCCAAGUGAUCAGGCCAAGAGACAUCAGAGAGGUUCCUAUCAUCCAGGCUUCAACAUCUGCCAGAGCUGGCACAUCUUUCUUGGUUACAGGAUCUACCCACAAGACAGCACUAACAGCCUCCUUGGAGAAACGUAA